CUCCACUCGGGUGACGCAGGCAAGAGCGCAGGUGCACGGGUUGGGAGCUGCAUCCAAACCGCACUAAAUAAAUCAACCAUUACGAUGGCCUCAGCCAAUGAUGCUCGAUAUGGACAAAAAGAGUCUUCAGAUCAGAACUUUGACUACAUGUUCAAGAUCCUGAUUAUUGGUAACAGCAGUGUGGGCAAAACCAGCUUCCUCUUCCGUUAUGCUGAUGACUCAUUCACACCUGCUUUCGUCAGCACUGUGGGCAUAGACUUUAAAGUAAAGACCAUCUAUAGAAAUGACAAGAGGAUAAAGCUCCAAAUAUGGGACACAGCUGGACAGGAGCGGUACAGGACCAUCACAACAGCGUACUACCGUGGAGCUAUGGGCUUUAUUCUUAUGUAUGACAUCACCAACGAGGAUUCCUUUAAUGCCGUUCAGGACUGGUCCACACAGAUUAAGACAUAUUCAUGGGACAAUGCUCAAGUGCUUCUGGCAGGAAAUAAAUGUGACAUGGAUGAUGACAGAGUAGUCUCUUCAGAUAGAGGAAGACAGCUGUCCGAACAGCUAGGCUUUCAGUUUUUUGAAACCAGUGCCAAAGACAACAUCAAUGUGAAGCAGACGUUUGAGCGACUGGUGGACAUCAUCUGUGAGAGGAUGUCAGAAAGUCUUGAGUCUGGCGAUUCCAACGUCGCCGAAAGCAAACUAGGACCUCAGCUCACCGAACAGCCGCAGCGGUCUAGUAGGGACUGCGCUUGCUAAGAAUCGUACUCAACUUCUCCACUUAUCACUUCCCUGCAGACUGAACAUUGGAUCUAUCCUCUAUACUAAAGGAAGGCUUGGGUAGUAGGAGUCAGAUCUGAUGUGAUCUUAUUUUCUGCAUCAGUUUUGUAAGGUUGACAUCAAACAUUUCCUAAACAUGUUGGCAUAUGUAAGCAAUGUUACUCAUGUUAAUUGGACAAAAGUAUAUUUUGGGGGAAAAUUAAUUUCUAACAAAAAUACUCCCUUAAUUGUGGCACAGUAUCAAAAAUCUCUUUCUUGAAUGAGCUUUCAUGAAUAUUUGAAUCGUAUGUUUUGAGUUUUGUCGAGGUAAAGUUAUAUACAUGUAUGUAAACAGUUGACACCAGACUGUUGUAUAGAAACUAUUACCAUAAAGGGUCAAUCCAACAGAAUGAAAUGUUGGUAGAAUUUUAAAAUUGAGAGCACGCUAAUUCAUUUGUUCAGUUUUACUUUUAAAUAACACCAUGUUAAUAUAUGAUAUAAGGAAAGUAAAGAUGAUAUUGUGGUAUAGAUGUAAUAAGGAAGAGUUUAUAAAUGUGUUUUUUUUGUAAUAUGAAAGAAUUUAUUACUUUAAAAAGAUAUGGGGGAUUUCAGCACUACAUUAAUGCAUGUCCUGCUUUUCCUCUGGUUCUUCCACAUAUUGAUGGACUCGAUCCUUUCUGUUACUGUGCGCUUGUGAAUGUUGGUAUGUUCAACAUAUACAAUUUUUGGUUUACAAGCAUAGAUAGAAUUACUGUCAUUCUGCAAGCCAAAAACAUAAUCAUAGCUUUAAUAAAGAGAAACUUCAUCAGGCUCAUUAGCGGUAAAUAGUUAAAUUAGUUUCUGGAAAUGUAAAUUUAAAUAGCAAAUAAAGUUCAAAUGCAUUGUGACUACUAUUAUGAUUGAUCCCAGAUUUUAGAAUAUUAAAAAGAUAUUUUAUAGACAACUAGCAGCAGGUUAUGCACCAUUGGUUGAUCACUUUUUUUCUGUUAAAUCACUUCCAAUGUUACUGCACACCGCAUAUACAUAUAUAUAUAUAUAUACAUGUUAUGUUAAAGUGAUAGUUCACCAAAAAAUGAAAAUUCUGUCAUCAUUUAUUCACCCUCUUGUCACUUCCAACCUGUAUGUCUUUCUUUCUUCUGCAGAACACUAAAGAAGAUAAUAAAUGAUGACAGAAUUUUUGGGUGAAAUUCUGAUGUUCUAUUUAUUUUGUUAAUAAUUUAUUCAUUUACAUGCAUUUUUUUAUUAGUAGAAAUUGAGUACAGAAUGAGCUACUGCACUAGCCAGAUGUGUCACUUUCACAAUCUGAUAAAUGUCUCUAUAGAUCUAGUGAGUGCUUG